GGCCGGGGGCCGGCGGACUCGACGGCUACAGUCAGACUGGGAGGAGUGAAGCAGCCGGAGAGGUGAAUUUGGACUGGAAGUCGCUCGGCAGCUGUUGGCUUCACAAAGGAUCGGACUUUGGCCACAGAGCAGUUUCGGCGACAUGGAUAACAUGAAGAGGAACGUGGUGGUGACAGGUUUCGAGCCUUUUGGAGAGCACACUGUCAACGCCAGCUGGGUGGCUGUUCAGGAGUUGAAGAAGCUUGGCCUGGGUAACGACGUGGACCUGCAUGUACUCGAGGUCCCUGUGGAGUACCAGGCAGUCCAGCGCAUCAUCCCCACCUUGUGGAAGCGCUACAAACCGCAGCUGGUGGUCCACGUCGGCCUCUCUGGAAUGGCGACAACGGUGACGCUGGAGAAGUGUGGGCACAACGAGGGCUACAAAGGCUUGGACAACUGUGGCUUCUGUCCCGAUGGUCACUGCUGUGUCGAUGGGGGUCCGCACUGCAUCGACUCGGUCAUCGACAUGGACUCGGUGUGCAAGAGGAUGGCAGCCUCUGGCCUGGGCGUAGCCGUCUCCGUGUCUAAGGAUGCUGGCAGGUACCUGUGCGACUUCACCUACUACACCUCGCUCUACCUGAGCCACGGCCGCUCGGCCUUCAUCCACGUGCCCCCGCUGGGCAAGCCCUACAGUGGCGAGGAGCUGGGCCGCGCCCUACAGGCCAUCCUUCAGGAGAUGCUGGACAUCCUGGCCAGAGCAGAGGAGGAAAUCCAGUGCCAGCAGCGAGACUGAGGCGGACCCCAGAGGGACCCCCCGCCCCGACACAGUGCACUUAGAGAAUCAUAACUAAAUCCAGAGCCUGUACUGCCACUGACCUCCAGGGGGCACUCGCCCGUGCCCUCCCACAUUCCCGGUGAUGAUUGGACGGCGCAGGAGCGGCCUGGGCGGGCUUUGGACUUGGCCGCUUCCCCGUCCCCUCCCGUCUGUUUUGUCUUUGAUCGUUUCCUGGAAUAUCUGAGAUGCCAGCGGGGCGGCCGGACUGGAGCCCGUCGGCACUGGCAGCGGCGCCCAGGCCGGCUCCCUCACUCGUUCCUUUUGUGGCCUCGUGGCGUCUCUGUCGAGUUUGGACCCCACGAGGGCGCCACUGUCCCCUCUCCUGUCCUCGCUGACUCCACAUUCCUGCACUUGUGGCCAUUACUGUGAAUGCUUACCGGGUUGUGGGGUGUGCCCAGUGCCCGAGGUGGCCGGUAGCCCAGCUUGUACCUCCUACUGACCACCGCCCUGGCGGACCCCCUGUCCCCGUGCCACUCUCCUUACUUUCUCUAUGACUUUAGUCAGCAGGUGGGACGCAGGGGGCGCGUGGAGACUUCUGAGCCAUGUGUGCCCUGGCACCAGGUGGCGUUUCCCCGCUUUUCUGCUGUGCCUUUGGGUGUCGCCGAGGGCGGGCGGCACACACUCAGUUACCUCAUCGCCUUGUCCUUUGGAUGGCGCCGUCGCGUCUGUGGAGCUACCUCUCGUGCCGUCCCUCUCGCCGCCGUUCUGCCCUCCUGUCCUGCUCUCUGGUGUCGGCCGUUCGGUGUCUUUGUAACUUUGUAAAUGAUUUAAAAGAGCAAAAUAAAUUUUAAUGAAAAUUGAAAA